CUCACGCGCUUUCUCUUCCGCCAAUCAGCAGCCGUGUUGCAUCUACGUGCCACAGGUCCGCGUGUAACGUCACGCUUCCACUGGACAUUUAAUUUAAAGCAGAGCGCGAGGACAGCACGAGGAUUACUCACCCUGUUCAGGGGGUAUUCCAACCUGCUUACACAAUUAUUCCAUCUAGGCUUCAGAACCAGGUCUUUAACAUUUCACGAGCAUUGAUUGAAAGAUGGAGAGAACGUCUCCUCUUCAGAUGAAGCUGCCCCAGCCAGAGAAGAGUUUUGUCAGCUGUGCCUCAUGCGGCCUGACUUUAUGUUCUGGCACGAAUCCUAAACUUUUACCAUGUCUGCAUUCAUUGUGCAAAGGCUGCUAUUCUUUCACGGAUGACAUUAAAGAAUGCCCAAUGUGUCAGGAAAAGUGUGAACUACAAGACAUCAUCAGUAACCUUUUGUUUGCUGCACUCCCCACAAAUCCCAAAGAUGCUGACAAGUGUCAGAGGUGUGAAGACCCUUCUGUGACUGGCUGGUGUAUUGAGUGUAAGCACAGUUUCUGUACUGGAUGUGUGGUUACCCACAAGAGAGUAAAGCAAACACAGAAACACUAUGUCCAUACAAUAACUCCAGAGUGUCCAAGGCCUGUCUUUUGUCCCAUCCACAAGAAGGAACUGAUCUACAGCUACUGUCUGACUUGCGAUAAGCUUAUAUGCAAACUCUGCCAACCCCUUCAUCCCAAGCAUUUAUUGCAGUUUGCCAGAGAGGCGGUGGGCAAACAGAGAAAGCAGAUCCAGAGGAUGGUCCAUAAAGCCCAGCAGCAGAGAAUGACUGUUCAGCAAAAUCUAAAGGACUUAGAUGGAAGACUGUCUGAUUUGGAGCAGCUACAAGCCCAAGUGAGGAUGGAGGUGAAGGAAACAGUGGUCAGACUGUGCAAUGUGAUGGUCAAGAAAGCAGCCAAACUUAACAAAGAGAUAAAGGACGUGUGUGGAAAGGAGAAGGAGAAGCUUGCAGAGAGAAGGUCAUUACUCCAGAAAAUGAAGGAGAAACUGGACCAUGUGCUAAACUUUACAGACAAAACAUUGGCUUCUCAGCAGCAUACAGUUCUGCUGUCAUGCAAAAAACAGAUUCAUCAUCAGCUUCAGGGCAUGUUGGAUCAAGUGAUUUCACCCAUAUCUACUGUAUUGGACCUGUCCUUCCAUACCAAUGAGAACCAUGUAAAGAAAGUCCUCAAAAUCUUUGGGCAUGUGGUGGCCAAAGAAGUCCCAUUUGUCUCUUCCAGCACUGGAAAUGUCCCAAACCCAUCUUCACCCCUUUUUACUCCAAACGAUAGCCUCAGUGCACCAACAGCAGCCUUUCAAAUCCCCACUAACCCUACUGCUGCAAGAAAUCCUUCACCUUCCUCAGUCAUUCUGCCACAGCAAAGCCCACCAUCCCCAAAGCAGCAUCCUGUUCUAAGCCACUUGCUCUUGAAGAAGAACUCCAAUGUUCCUAAUCAUGAUAGCUUCUCCUCCUCCCAGAAUAACAAGUACUCUAAUUACCCUGGCCUGAAGCGGGCAUGGUCUUACCACCCGUACUACCCUAAGGAUUCUUUACAGCCUGUUAAAUGUUCAGUCAAGACUGUUUCCCCUCUGAAUCGAAGAAAGGAACGUGUACCGUCCUGUAAAGCCAGUCCACCAAGACGUGCAUCCUCGUUCUUUUGUACUUCAGCACCUGUAACAUCUGCAUCUGUACAACCCACAGUGUCUGCACCCUUCCAUACAGGCCGUAGCUCUGCACAGGCAUCACGCCGUCAAAACAGCAAAGGCCACCAGAGUAAUUUGGAUUUGAUGAGGCGUCCAAAGCAACAAGCUACUAAUCUGUCUUCCACAUUCUGUCGCUAUGAACCUUCAAAGAAAUUCAGAAGUGAUUUACAAUCAAACAAGACCAUGAAAAAUAACCCUGUUUCUGCCACUGUUGCAGCAGUGGGCAGCUGUUCUGCUGAAAGUCAAGCUCCCACUCCAGAAAUUGCGUCCAUAUCCAGAAAAGUCAAAGGAUAUCACUGUAACCAGUCAGAAGCUGGAUCUAAAGGCAGUGAAAAGAGAACACAGCCAUGCAUACUUGAGCUUGAGGACGACAGCCAUGAAGAUACCAUAAUGAACAACACAGUCAAAAUGAAUGAAUUGGCACUUGAAUCUAAACAAACCGCUACCCAGACAAAUCCCCCUUUUAUAGAGAAAAUGGAACCCACUGAGGAAAGUCUUGCAGUAACUAAUGUCCGCGACAGUCACAGUGUCCCUCUGAAGGAGAAAGAUGACAAGGAUGAGAGAACCUUCGCAAAGAUCAGAGAUGAUCAAGGUAAUAUUGCAGUCAUGGAAGCACCAGGAAGGAAUUGGCUCCCUGAUGUGUUGGUCACCCGUUUGCCUUUACCUGAUUUUUCGCCACCUUCAACCAACCCUGCUUUGUGUAUCCUGUGGGAGGAAGAUCAUAAAAGCUUUCAGUUCUGUGCUAUAAAGGAGGAUGACCAGUGUCCUGCGCUGACCCCCUUUACUCCAAAUGCAUCUCUCUCUCUGCUGGACAAUAAUCUGCGCUGUGCUGCCUGCAGAAUCAAGGGGAAUCUGUUUCAGUGCUAUGUGUGCAAAAAAGCUUUUCACAGAGAGUGUCACUUGCCACCAAUCUCAGGGAAUAGUGGGGAGCAGUGGCGGUGUACGCUGUGCAGCGAUCUGUCUCACUCUGAAGAUCUUGACCCUUCUGGCUGCUCUCCAUAUCUUAACGCGAUCGAUCAAAAAAAGUGUGAAUACCUGCUGCUGUAUCUAAGCUGUAAAAAGCAAGGCUCAGUGCUAUACAGGGCGGUUACUGAAGAUGUCCAGCUGUCCUCUCAGGCUUCUUACUAUGUGGACAUGACUCUGAUUCGAGGCCGUCUGUUGAGGAAGCUAACCCCUUACUAUGUCACACGUGGACAGUUUAUUUCUGAUGUUUGGCUUCUUCUCCACACACUUCUGAAUUCCUCAACGGAGCCACAGUCUGUGAUGCGACUACAGAAUUCUUUCUCUAAGGAACUCAUGAGAGUUUUUGGCUGGAGCCUUCAUCCCUCCCUCUUGAAAAACCCUUUCACUGGACAGUAAGAAGAACAGGAAAAUGCUAAAAAACACCUGAAAGAAAAGGACACAAACUAACGCUGUAUCAAGAUUAUCAUGUUUUCAGCUACAUCAUCUGUGAAUUGUGAAAUUGAAAAGCUAUCAGUCCAGACUGACCCACACAUCUGUUUCUGUACCAUAAAAGUAUUUGUUUUCAUAAUCAAAAUGUUUAUUCCUGGGCUUUAUUAUUUGAAUCUUCCUCUUGUUUUAAGCUUAUUAAAUAUUCAGUAAGAACUAUCCAGAUUAGUACAGUAUGAACAAUGUAACAGCUAAUAUCACAAUAAAUAAAAAUAAGAUUCUUGGUUGGCAUCUAUAUUAUAUCUUAACAGAAGCUCAUGUUUUAGACACAGGUAGGGUAGAUGUUCUUCACUUUACAAUUCUGGUUCUUUAUGAUACUUAAGUCUUUUUAUUCUAUAACAUUGUUCAAAAAAAUUUUUUUUAUCCCACAGUACUUUUAAUUUGUAGCAAAGAUGUGCAUUUUGCUAAUGUAAUAUUGUUUAUUUGGCUCCAAUGCCUUUAGGAAUUAUUUCAGAUUUUCACAGUACUGUGCCUUGCAAUUUCUUGUUUUUUCCCCCCAUAGUUUCAAAGUUAUAACCAUCAAGCUUUUACAGUUUAUUUAAAUUACUUCAUCCCUAAAUUUGACCACUGGAGGGAGCAGUCCUCUUAUAAUCUCUGAAGGAACAGACCUUCUAGGUGUUAGUGAACAGGUUCAGACCUGCCUGGCCUCCAGUAGCCCAGUAGCUCUGAGCUGCAUUGUUAAUAACUUGAGCUGUUAAUGAGUCGCUAAAGGCUACAUCUCAUUAGUGUUCAUUUCCAAUUCAUUCACACUGCCUACUGUAGAUCUGCAUAAAUUAAAACAGACUCAUUUUUAAAAAUGAAAA